ACAUAACAUAACCAAAAACUGCUUUUGUUGCUGCAAAAAUAAACAAAUUAAUUUUAAAAUAAAUUGUAUGGUAUUUUAUCUGUUACUCUUAUCAGCUAGCAUCAGGUAGGGUCUAAUAUUUGUAUUAUUAUUGUAACGCAUUUGAUACUAAAAAUGCAUUCGGAGUUACAUGUCGCUCCUAACAUUUAUAACAGGCCUUUCCCUCGGUUUCAACGACCGAAUGUUAUUGGGUACAUAGGCUUGGAAAACGUACAGUUUGCUCGUAAUAUUUGUGACAAACCGGUCAAGUAUGAUUUGAAUCUACAUAUUGACAAAGCUAAAAGAAAACCUGAAGAUCUAGAUGUGAAGUUGACAGAACUACUGAAGUUCCUUCUAGAACAUGAAAGACGAUUAAACUUUCCAUUAGAAAAUGAUAUUGAAAAAGCAAAAUUCUUCUGUUAUCGCGGGCUCAUGACUUGUAUUGCAUGUACACCAUAUGAGAAUAGGGAACCUUGGAAAAUUAUGGUUAUAUUACACAAAGGUAAUAUUUAUUUAUGUGCCCGAGAUACUGAAGACAAAUUAAAGAGGAAACUAAAUAUGACUGACAAGGAGAAAAUGUUUACUUCAUGGGGCUAUAAGUUUGAGCAAUUCAUACUCUCUGAUGCUCCAAACAGUGAUCCAAAUCCUAACAUACCUGUAGACGAAACAAAAGAGUUCUCCCUAGUUUUUACUACAUCUUUGAAUCGCCACACUGUUGUAUAUGGAGCUGAAAUGGAUGGCAUACGCUGUGACAAGGCCCCGGUACCACCACUCCCAAAGCCUGAAUUAAGAGCUGAAGCUAUUGUGGAUUAUUUGGCAACAAAAGAAUUUAUAGAACUUAAAACAAAUAGACAUAUAGAAUUUCCCAAUCAAGAGAAUAGUUUUAGACGGUUUAAAACUAAGAAAUGGUGGUGUCAGUCAUUCCUUGUUGGGGUAGACACUAUACUCUGUGGAUUCAGAAAUGAUGAUGGAAUAGUAGAGGAAUUGAAAACUUUCCAUGUUAAAGAUCUACCUAAAAUGUCUCAGCGAUUCUGGAACCCGAAUGUUUGCUUCAACUUCCUAGAUACAUUUCUAACGUAUGUCAAAAGGUGUUUAAUAAGAGAAAUCAAGCAGAAAUAUGGGCAAGGGCGGCUGAUGGAAUUACAGACAUUACCCAUGAUAACAUUACUUCUGGAAUGGCAACCUAAAGCACCCGUGCAAGUCAUAGAAAGUUAUCAUUAUGAAGACGACCCUAUUCUACCUCAGUGGUACUUAGAUAAUUAUGGUAAAAAUGUAGACAGGUAAUAUAAGUACCAACAUUUAACUAUCUAAAUACGUCUAUGAAUAUAAUGUGUUUAGUCCAAGUAAUCAGGUUAUAAGUAAUAAACGAACUUGCAAGAGUGAAGUUGGAUAUAAUAAUAACAAAGAAAAUACCAUGAUAUUUCAUCAUACCAUUUAUUAUCACUCAUAGCAAAUGGUGUAAAUCAACAUCCAUAAAAGACUAAUCAACAACAUGGAUAUUUUCACUUAAAAUGUACAACUAAAACCUAAAUUAUUAUCAUACAUUCAUAAAAAUAUUUUUUUAGAUAUAAAACAAUAAUUAACAGAACAACAUAAUUGUAAUAAAAAUAAACUGUGUCAUGUAAUAAUACGUCUACAGUGUUAAUGUUGUAUUUACAUAACAAUCAUUACUUUUAGUAAUGAAAUCUCCAUCAUAUGACUGAUGAUUUUAUCUUCAUCACAUCAACAAUUCUAACAACUCACAUUCAUUAUUUAUAAUAAUUAAUUUAAUGUUUUGUACAAACAAUAAUAUAUAUUUAUUUUAAAAAAUGAAAUCUUUUAAUGAAA